UACUUUGUAAAACUUUAUGAGUCUCAGUGAUUAUGCACAUUUCCUCAUUUAUGUUCUGGUCUCAGAAUGAAUUCAAAACACUUUUGAAAUCUGCCGGCUGCAAACUUGUGGUGAUUGAAUUUUCAGCAAAAUGGUGUGGUCCUUGCAAAAAGAUUUGUCCUAUUGUUCAUGCAAUGUCUAUGCAUUACCAAAAUGUAGUGUUUGCGAAUGUGGAUGUCGACGAUUCUCGGGACUUGGCCCAAACUUGUAACGUCAGAGUAAUACCCACAUUUCAGUUGUUCAAGCAAACCAAAAAGAUUUUUGAAUUUUGUGGAGCUGAUGCUAGCAAAUUAGAAGCGAAGAUUCAAGAACUAAUGUAACCUGAUCGCCAAGACAAAAUACACUGGCAGCAUUUUAAAGCCCACAGCCAAGUGUUCGUGUUUUCAUUUCCAGCAAAUACUGUAAUGUUCUACUGUGCUCUCCCCUAAUGCGCUGCAGGUUGAAUUUCUUCUUGCAACUCGCGGAGAAAUCGCUUAAUAGCCCUGAGCUCUCAGAGAUUGCGGUCAUUCCCAUUCUCUAAGAUGUCCUUUCCACUUAUUCUGAGCACAUCCCUUAGGCAAUAUUGUUAUGACCUUCACAACAGAGACGCUGUCCAGCUACAUAAUAUCAGGUCAUUGGGACGGUUUCCAGAGAUCACCAAGAUGGAAUUCUUCUCGGUGAUCUAGAAACCAAUAAAUGCCUCAUUGCCCUGGGGCACUCCAAAUAUAUAGCGCUUCUCCCAAUGAAGCCAUUGUUCGCGGUACAAAAUUCUUUUCCAGUGUAUUAGCUAGAAUUGUGUCAUUUUUCUCUCUCUCAUUGCCUUUCUAAAAUUAUUCUAUAAUUUUUUUAAAAUCUCUCAAAAACAAAAGCCAGAAAGUAAUUUUCCUACCUAUACAUAUUUUUUAAACUGAGAUCGCUCAGACAGUUAGCGCUCAGAGAAGUUGGCUGCUUCUCCUAUUAACUGCACCCACCCUAGGGCUGCCAUCAGAUGAACACCAGGGCCUUUAAGUCGUGGAGCCAGCUCUCCCAAGCCAUCAAUGACUGAGAUUUUGACGACGCCUAGGAUCCACGUGCCUUGUUAGAAUUCUUUGGAGUAUAGAGUAGCGGAAACCAACCUGUGCUAGCUUAAGCAAAAAGCAACACUGAUUUACCAUGCAACAAAUAUUUAUUGAGAACUUACUCUGUGCCAAGCACUCUUAUGGUCCCUUAAAAUAAAACUUGGUUGAUAGAAUCCAAAGACAGAGAUAUAUCCAGCCUUUUAUGAGAAUAGAAAUGAGGAGAGAAGGGGCGUGGGGGGCCCAGGAUGGUUCUGAGUGUGUCUGUCCUCUGCUUUUCUCUUCUCACCUGAAUCACCAUUCCUGUCGUUCUGGAUAGGUGUUCUUUACUUCCAGUCCUCAUGUGGGAAAGUAUCCCCUGAGAAUAACCCCCAAGUUAUCCCCUCCAUUCAAGAGACCAGCCAGACUGCACCUCAGGAAGACUCUAGUCAGUGGGUAGGAUCACAGGAUAAAACAGUUUUGCUCAUGCUAUAAGAUAGGGGUGAGGAUGGCAAGGAUCCCAGACAGGCAAGAGGUUCGAAAGACUCAAAAUAUUGUGUCCCAUACUAAACAUAAAAUUUUAAAACAAAGUAACAAUUUAAAGCAAAAAGUAUUGGACAAGAGGACAUAUAUCCAGCUAUGCUUAUGUAUAUAAAUAUUUAUGGACUUACGUGCUAGGCAAUACCCUAAACCCUUUG